ACUGCAGGGUCUGAACUUCACUGAUCUACAAACAUGAGUUCGUCUGACGAGGAUUCCCUUGAUGAGCUGAGAGAGUACUUCAGUGAAACAGAAUGGACGCAGCUGCCCAAGUGGGAGAAGAAAGGCUACAGAAGCAUGAAGAGGACCCACCUGUACUUGCUAUCCAUAGGUCAGCGGUGUCCUACUCCAGCGUUCAUGAGCAGGAGGGGCACAGCCAUCACUCCACUGGGCACGCCUACAUGGGAUCCGAGUGAUAGCUACUCAGAGGACGGCUGGGAGUCAAGCGAGGAGGAGAGAGCAGCGAGGGAGGAGGACACAUUCAGGUGGGAGAGACCAGCUGGAGAGGAGGAGGAGAAGGAGAAGGAAGAGAAGACACCCAGCGAGGAGAGACCAUCACGAGAUCACACACACACACCAAUCUUGGAGAGAAGCCCAGAGGAGGAGGAGAAGAAGAGACCCAGCUUGGAGAGACCACUGCCAGAUCACUCGCACACACCCAACUUGGAGAGACCAUGGCUGGGUCACACACAGACACCCAACUUGGAAAGACCUCCACCAGACGCGGAGACACCCAGCUUGGAGAAUGCUCCGCUAGAUCACUCUCACACACACACUCCAGACGCCAGCGACUCGGAAAAUUGGACACGCAGCUCGGAGAGACCAUGGCCAGGUUACGCUCAGACACAUUCCACUGACAGCGGCGCCUCAGAAGAGCGUGACACACUGAGAUGGGAAACGUCAUCAUCGCCUGAUCACACACACUCACCCGGCACGGAAAGCUCACACACACACACUCCAGAUACUAGCGACUCGGAAGAUUGGACACCGAAGAAAAGACCAUGGCAAGGUCGCACACGCAUACACACACCCACGCACCCACGCACGCACACACAGCUACCUAACCCUAACCCUAGAUAA